AUGUCAUAUACUCUAUUUAAUAGUAUUUUUAGUGAAACUCAUCCUGAAUUAGCUUCUUUAAAUACUAAUAUUUUAUUAUUACAAAAUAUUUAUCAAUUUACUUUCAUUAAAGAAACAAAUAAUUCUGAAUUUUCAGAACAGAAUAAUAAUGAAAUUAAUAAUUUUAUUAGUGGUGAACCAUUUUAUAAUAUUG